CAUGAGUUUCAGCUUUUGAAAAAUUUGAUGAUACAUUAUUUAAGGAUAAUUAAAAUUUGCACAAAAUAAAAUGCAUUGAAUGAGUUUCAAAAUUAUUCAUCAAGUGUAAAUUACAUUUGAAUAAAAAUUAAUCAUCGUCCUGGCAAGUUAACAGAACUAGAGGACUCCAAUUCAUGAUUUAAUUAUUAAUUUCUGAAAAAAAAGUUCACGAAAUCACUCGUAAGCGUGAAAUCAUUCUUUGUCAACUGAUCAUUAAAUGCGGAAUAUGAUCUGAGUUAAAAUUUUCCUUUUCUGCAAUAAAAGAUUUUAUAUCAUUCGUCUUGAUCGAUUGCAUCGAAUGAUAUUAGGAUUGCAAGAAGAAUAUACUUUCUAAGAAACAAAAGGAAGAACAAAGUUUUAAUAUGAAUAUUGUCAAAUCCAAGUUGCAUUCUUCUACUUAAAGAAUCGUGUUAAUUUACUGUUGGCUAACUUUGGCGAAUAACAAAUGGAAUCUUUGAAACAUUUUACUCUGCAUAUGCUUUGAAGACAAUUUUCGGUGAAAACUACUGGAACCACCAUUCUCCAAGUGAACGAGACUUAAGGGCUUUGCAUAAAAAUAAUCAGAAUAAACUCCUCCUUGAAAAGGGUUGUUCUGCAAAAACACUUUGUCUUGCUUCACUUGUUCUGAAGACUUCAAAACUAUACUGUGGAAUCCUUCCCAAACUACUCCGUCGGAUGAACCCAAUGCCGACGGUGAUCCCGUCAUUCUAAAUGGUGGCCCCUGCGUCCAUGGUGGACACUGGGGACCUGGUGAAGCAGCUGUCUGCCAGGGCCAAGGACUUCUCUAUCGACUCCCUGAUCUCCCGGUCGCAGCAGAUGCCGUACAGCGACGACAGCUGCAAUGAGAGUUGCUGCUCGGAGGAGCCCCUGCUGUCGCCGCCCCUGCUCUCUCCGCUCGAGAAACUGGUUGAGAGCACCAGCCCUGGCCAACUCAAUCAGGCGACAUCUCGAACAGAGGAACUUCCUACGAACCAGAAGCGAGAACCGCUCAGUCCGAAGAGCAACUCAGAAAAAUCGGAGAGCCGAAAGUCUCCGAGCAAGCAGCCCCUACCGAAGGAUCCCCGACUGCAACCGAAAUGCAACUGCGAGGAACUACAGCGUGUCGAAGCUAUUCUGGAAACAAAAGACUUAUGGGAAAAGUUUUAUGAGCUCGGCACAGAAAUGAUCAUCACCAAAACUGGAAGGCGCAUGUUUCCAACUCUAAGGAUAUCGUUCACCGGUCUGGAAUUCUGCAGCCCAAGCGCACUCUCCGCCAAAUACGCCGUUCUUCUUGACAUCGUGCCUGUGGACCAGAAGAGGUACCGGUACGCGUACCACAGAUCAUCGUGGUUAGUCGCUGGGAAGGCAGACCCACCGUCUCCUGCCAGACUCUAUACUCACCCGGACUGCCCCUUCACCGCAGAUCAGCUUCGCAAACAGGUGGUCUCCUUCGAGAAAGUAAAGCUGACCAACAAUGAGAUGGACAAACAAGGGCACAUUGUGCUCAACUCCAUGCAUAAGUACCAGCCUCGCAUUCAUCUGGUACUUUUGCGUCAAGACAGCCACGGAUCGCCUAUCAUUUCGGAUCUAGAUCAAGAAAGGUUCAGGACUUACAUCUUUCCAGAAACAGUGUUCACGGCAGUCACUGCCUAUCAGAACCAACUGAUCACGAAGCUCAAAAUAGACAGUAAUCCUUUCGCCAAAGGUUUUCGAGAUUCUUCCAGACUUACUGAUCUAGAAAGCAGGGAAUCGGUUGAAACUCUGCUCAGGGAGCACGCGUUCCGACAUUCUCCUUUCCGAUCUUUGGUGGCCGGGGAGAUGACACUAGAACAACAUGCUUUGGCUAGUGCUGCGGCUCUUGGUCGCAUCCCCUCAAGCAAUGAGUUAUUAGUACUGGCUUCUCAAGGAAGAGUUUCCCCAUGGAAAUUUCCAAAUCUGCCGGGCAUAGGAAUGGCAGACCUCAACUCACUCAUGACAUCAACCAAUCCUCAGCAGGCAGCGGCUCAUUUGGCCAGUCUAUAUUUCGGAAUACCGAGGACAUUCUUUCCUCUUGCGCACAUGACAUCGACAUCCGGAACAAACAUGAACCAAGGGGACAUUCCUGGGCCCAUUAGGACUAAUACUCCUUCUGGCUAUUCCCACUUGGCAGGAAAUACUAUGGCUAACCAGGCACUGUACGCCACAAGACUGCAGCUCUCCAGGCUCUACCCAGGACUGAGAUUUCACCCAUAUUUCCAACCAAGGCUUGUUCAUCCUCCGUCUGUGCCGAAAAGUACAGCGGAUUCAAGCUCUGACUGUGAUACAAUGAGUCCUAACGUUUGAGUAAGAAUUCAGCACAAUGUGUAUUUGUCGAACUGAACUAUCGCCGAACUUUAUCCUGUUAGCACAAGAUAUUACGCGACAUCUUCAUGGUGCUGUCCAGUAUUCUGAAUGCCUAAUAUCGUAAAGACAUUUAUUGACAUUAUUAGGCAUUGUUGGGCAUUUUGUGUUAUUAGGAUAAAGAAUUCUGCUUAACUCCAAGUUUACGAUUAUUUCCAAAAUUUAAGAUUAAAAGAGUGUUGUUACAGAAAUUCAUUCACUAGAGAUUGGCAUUAACAGUUGAAUUUGAACAUUGAUGAAAAUUAGUAUUAUUAGCACAAUGAAUGCCGCCACACUAAUUUCAUAUGGCUCGCCUGUCUGGCCAACAUAAAUUCCUCAGUAUUUGGUGAAUACUUUGGUGAAAUAUUAAUUGCAACAAACAAAUUAAUUUGUGCAAUUAUUCGUAAUGAAUUUAUUUUACUGAGGUCACCGAUGAUCACCAUGGCUCUGAAAUACAAUCAUUUGUUAUAUUUGUAUGUUAAAAAAUGUUAUGUUGUUUGCUGUAUGUAAAAAUUAUGCAAUAUCGAUUGCAUUAAUUUUUUCACACCAUUUUGGUACCGAUGAUAUUAUUGGAAAAUUUAAAGAUCUUGAAAAUUUACUCGAAUGAAGUGUUUCUAGUAAUCUUUGCUUCACUCGUCACCGGUGAACCCCAUGGCAUUCAAUGUGUUGAAAGCAAAAAAAUCGGAAAGUCAUUCCCUAACAAAUCUUUUGUACAUAUACCAGUCUCACCAAUGUUUCUUUUAUCAGUGUUAUACUAAUGCAUUUUUGGGUUACUAAGAAGCUAAACUAUUAAUCAAAACAUGAAUUUUUGUCUAACACAAUCGUCGCCAAGUUUUUAUACUUAGAAAGACAUCAUAAUUCAAUUGAUCAGAUUAAAUAAUGAUUAAAAUGAAAUAAUUAUUACAUACACAUUGCAGAUUCUAUUAAAAGAAAAUGAAAUAAGGAAACUUCAAAGAUAAUAACAAUGUUUGGAACUGAAGAAGAAUAAAGUGACAGAGUAAUUAAAAU